AUGAUGGGUUAUUUGGUGCAUGUGUGUAUAAUAAGAAUGUGAAGUCUAACUACACGGUGCUUUGAAAACUCUUUUCCUACAGAAGACAAACCUGCCCAGCUAUGACUGCACAUUUGGAUUCUUUCUGCACCGAUGUAACGUCCAUUUAGUCAAAGCUGGCAAACAGAGAUGAAAAUGAGCAAGAUUAGUGAGUGUCCAUGCGCUGCAAGACUUCUCUUACUGUGUUUCCUGGUGUCAGUAGCUAAAGGCUGUGAACACCUGCACUGUUACGUGGAUUACAUAGACACUUUGACAUGCAAAUAUGAGAAAACACAAAAGGAACAAUCAGGAAUUUCAUAUAGUCUCAGUGCAAUGUGGACAAACGAAGAUCUAGAAAACACCUUCUGCGAUCUUGUCCAGUCUGGUGAAUUCACAUAUACCUGCAAUGAGGAAAUGGAAUAUUUUGGGGCUGAUGACACUUAUAUGAUUUUUAUAAAUGAAACUAUUGAGGGCAAAACGAUUUCCAAUCAAAUGUGUCAACCUUUCUACUUAAGUAAAACAUUUGUGCCAAGGGCUCCAUAUAAUCUCACCGUGUUGAUUUCUGAAAACUACAAUUUUUCCUGGGAAACUACGUACAAGAGGGAAGUGCAUUUACAGGCCACCGAGCUGGCAUUUGAACUUAGCUACAAGAGAACAGAUGAAUCUUGGGAGAAGCAGAAGCGCAUCCACAUCCUCGAGGAUGAAAAGAGUGUCGUUCUCCUGCAGUCCUCGUUCCAGGAUGCUGAAGGUUACAUUGCUCGAGUUCGUGCUAAGCCCAAAAACGCUUCCAUCUAUCGGGGUGACUGGAGCGAGUGGAGCAAUGCUGUUCAGUGGACAACCAAUGAAAACAUCAGUGGAAAUAUUUGGAUACUUAACAAUUUAACAGCCUCGGUUCUGUGUUUAAUCUGUGGGAUUGUAAUAAUCAUCAUAUUGUCCUGUAAGCCUAUAGAACUGCCACAGAGGUUGUGGAAAAAUGUGUGGGUAUUUGUACCAGACCCUGAACCAUUUUUCAAGCCACUUUACAUGAGGCACGAGGGGAAUUUUAAGAGCUGGCUGGGUUCUCCUUAUGUAACAUUACCACUACCAAUCGAAGUUAGUUUGGCUCCACCAGAGGUCCUGGAAAUAUACGGCAGAAAUGUGUUAAAGCAUGCAACAAAGCUAGGUUUGGACAAUACAUAUGUCAACGAGAAGCUCCUAUCUUCUAAUGCAAGCUGUGGUACCCAUCGCAAGGACUGCGGGAAAUGCAACUGUUCCGCAGGGACAAAUGACACUUCCUUCCAAGGUAUAUCCAUUGAAACUGUCACUGAUGGGACUACUCUAUGUUGUUCCAAGAGCAACACCAUUAACAGCCUAUUAAAUAACAGCCGCAUUGAGAAUGAAGAGACCACUUGUGAUGAUGGCUACCCAACACUUAAUAUUGACAGUGGUGGUUGCAACUUUUUGGACCAAUAUCCAGACAAUGGCCCACACUCUGAGAUUUCGAGUAACCACUCACUGGAACAAAACUCUGAUAUUCAGGAAAACGCUGCAAGGCCCAAUCUUUUUGAUUUGAUUUCAAUUCCACCCGAAGAGUGGGAAAUACAAGCAUCACCUUCUCCGGAUGAUGAGAAUGUGUUUUAUAGCAAUGGACAUUAUGAUUCCUUGUCACCUGGCUCAGGAAGCAGCGAGGACUUUGGUUAUCCUAGGAUGUGCCUGGAUAUGGAUACCAUCGAUAGUGGUUUUGCAGGCUCUGAAUGCGGAAGCCCUGUGGAAAGUGAACAUUCUCCUAAGGUGCAGAACUUGGAGCCAUAUAGUGGGCAGUGGCAGAGGAACUAUGUGAAGCAGUGGGUGCCAUGACGCACCACCAAUGUCAGUGGAGGCAGCUGAAAUGAGUCUUUGUUAACAUCUACAUCAAUAGGGACAAUAUUGAGUAAUCAUGCUAUAGUAAUCCAAUGGUAACAGCUAUCCCUAUAAACCCCACACACCCCCUCAUUUUAGGAAUCCUGACAACCUAUUCAACCACCACUGGAAUCAUGGCACAGUGGAUUCCCAUUCAUCCUGGACCUGCCAAAUUCCUUAUUCCUCUGCAUUGCCACCUCCUAAUUUGCCAUUUUUUUAGUAAAAAUAGUAAAAUUUAAUGCAGAUCAACCCAUUUUUUACAAAGACUUCCAUAUCAGUUCUCACCGACUGGCUAGGAAACAGUCCUUAUGGAGAAAAAUAUGACUAUGAAGAUUUUCAUUGAUCCAGGUCAUGGUAUAUCUAGUAUAGGUCAAUCUAAAACAACUGCA